CCAGCAAGCGGGAACCGGAGCCCCGUGCCAGAGCUGGGCGCGCCAGGUAGGGUUAGCCUGUGGUGCCGCCGUCACUGCCAACCUUUUUUAGCCCUGACCCCACAUCCCGGGGCCCCGCGGGUCCUAGAGUUCUGGAGCACCCGGGCCGAGACGUGCAGACAGCGCUUUCUGGGAGCUCCGGGAAGCGGGAAGACCGUCCCGGGCACCCCGCCUUUCUUCCCAAGAGAACGCACGCCCUGCAUCGCGCUUUCCAGUUCCUCCUGCUCCAGAGUCCUCUGGUCCUUCUUUCUGUCUGUGCCUCUGUCUUUGUCUCAGCCUCUCGGGCUCGCUUGCCCUCUCAUCAGAUAUUUGUGGUCCUGCUCCUCCGCUGCUGGACUCCCAGGUUCUGCCUAGGCGUCCGUCAGAGCCUCCCCUGGGUUUCUGCCCUAUCUGUGUUAGUCUUCACCCCUGAUUCUCUCUCCUAUUUGCCUGGCUGAGCUGCCUCUUUGGGGUCCCAGGCUUCCCGUCCUUUGCCCUGGCACCAGCAGACUAGUCCAGUGAGAAGCCGUAGUCACUGUGGCCAGGACGGGGGUCCUUGAAGUAGUUGCUGUCCUCUUUAGCUGUAGUUCCUUUCCAAUCCUGAGGAGCCGUAUGAUCCUCACCAGCCUGCCUGUGUAGGGUUAAUGUAAGGUGGAUGAUUGGGUACAGCGAGCAGAUGCAGGGUAAAGAGGAUGGGGGGUGGGGGCUCUAAGGUCAGUCAAAGGCUGAGAAAGGGAAGGCUGGAAAUGAUUGCUGGGUUUGGAGUGAGUGAAGAGAGACAGACGCUAAGUCUCCAGCAGCUUCCUAUGAAAAGCUAGGGCACCCACAACUCAGCUCUGGUACUGUUCAGAGGUCUCACCAGGUUAAAUGACCCCCAUCUACGACAUGCAUAUAUAUCCAUCCAUAUCUAUUUUCUCUGCUGACAUAAGAUCUCUAAUUACACGGUACCUUCUCUGAGGCCAGUCCCUCUGCCUUCCUGUCUCUCUGGGAGGAGGAUUUCCAUUCCAUUCUUAGUCAGGAGAGUUGGGGGCUGGCCCUUUAAGAACCAUAGUCUAGGACCCUGGAUGUUCACCUGGGCUUUAGUUUCUCUUGGGCUGGGAACUAUCCCAUGGAAACGGUCCCCUCUCUGUGGUGAGUCUUCCAAUGACCCCACUCUGGGAAUCCAAGGCUCAGAAUGGGAGUCAGACCCUGAGUGUGUAAUUGCUGUGGUCUCAGCUACUACAGUAUUGGUUUCCUAGGAGGUUUAUGUAGGCCCUUUGGUUCGUGUAGGAUUUGGCAAUGGCUGGAACCCCUGCCCUCUGCCUGGGCUCUCACUCCCACCCUCCCUGCCUUCUGCUGAGUUUGGUAGGGGCCCAGAGCGCACCUUUAGGCAAGAUUAGGGCAAAGCUGAGACACAAACCUCUGGGGGGGGGGUAGCCCAGGAGCUUCUCAGCCGAGUUAGUGACAUCACCCUCCUCACGACUCCUGAGUACCUGGGAAGGGGAUGUGGGGAGGUACAGAGCCAGAGGGGAAGCUGGAAAUGAAAGGGGCGGCCACUCUGGUUCUAGUCUCUCUUCCCUGUUUGUCUGUCUCUCUAUCUCUCUGCAGGAGCUGGCCCCUUCCCAUCUCUCUUCCUGUCUGUCCUUUCCUGGCCCCUGUUUCCUCCUCUCUUUGCCCUUGCUGCUUCUGUCCUCACCCCUUGAAGACCCUGGUCUGCUGGGCCUAAUCAUCCCUUCGGGGGCCAUGGAAUCACUGCUUGGGGUUCUGGCAUUGCUGCUGCUGCAGGGUGCUGUGGCUGAGGGCCCGGCCAAGAAGGUGCUGACCCUGGAGGGGGACCUGGUGCUGGGUGGGCUGUUCCCAGUGCACCAGAAGGGUGGCCCGGCAGAGGAGUGCGGACCAGUUAACGAGCACCGUGGCAUACAGCGCCUAGAAGCCAUGCUCUUUGCAUUGGACCGCAUCAACCGCGACCCCCACCUGCUGCCCGGUGUGCGCUUGGGUGCGCACAUCCUGGACAGCUGCUCUAAGGAUACACACGCCCUGGAGCAGGCGCUGGACUUUGUGCGCGCCUCACUCAGCCGUGGCGCUGAUGGCUCGCGCCACAUCUGUCCUGACGGCUCCUAUGCCACCCACAGUGACGCUCCUACAGCGAUCACCGGUGUCAUUGGUGGCUCCUACAGUGAUGUCUCCAUCCAGGUGGCCAAUCUCCUGCGGCUAUUCCAGAUCCCACAGAUCAGCUACGCCUCCACCAGUGCCAAGCUGAGUGACAAGUCCCGUUAUGAUUACUUUGCUCGCACUGUGCCCCCGGACUUCUUCCAAGCCAAGGCCAUGGCUGAGAUUCUCCGCUUUUUCAACUGGACGUACGUGUCUACGGUGGCAUCUGAGGGUGACUAUGGUGAGACAGGCAUCGAGGCCUUCGAGCUCGAGGCUCGGGCACGCAACAUCUGCGUGGCCACUUCUGAGAAGGUGGGCCGCGCCAUGAGUCGCGCAGCCUUCGAGGGCGUGGUGCGAGCCCUGCUGCAGAAGCCCAGCGCCCGUGUAGCUGUGCUCUUCACCCGGUCCGAGGAUGCCCGUGAGCUGCUUGCAGCCACGCAGCGCCUCAACGCCAGCUUCACCUGGGUGGCCAGCGACGGCUGGGGGGCCCUGGAGAGCGUGGUGGCAGGCAGUGAAAGGGCCGCCGAGGGCGCCAUCACCAUUGAGUUGGCCUCCUACCCCAUCAGUGACUUUGCCUCCUACUUCCAGAGCUUGGAUCCCUGGAACAACAGCAGGAACCCUUGGUUCCGCGAGUUCUGGGAGGAAAGGUUCCGUUGCAGCUUCCGGCAGCGAGACUGUGCCGCCCACUCUCUGCGGGCCGUGCCCUUUGAACAGGAGUCAAAGAUCAUGUUUGUGGUGAAUGCCGUGUACGCCAUGGCCCACGCCCUGCACAACAUGCACCGUGCCCUCUGUCCCAACACCACCCGCCUCUGCGAUGCCAUGAGGCCUGUCAAUGGGCGCCGCCUCUACAAAGACUUCGUGCUCAAUGUCAAGUUUGACGCCCCCUUCCGCCCAGCAGAUACUGACGACGAGGUCCGCUUUGACCGCUUUGGUGACGGUAUUGGCCGCUACAACAUCUUCACCUAUCUGCGGGCAGGCGGUGGGCGCUAUCGCUACCAGAAGGUAGGCUACUGGGCAGAAGGUCUGACUCUGGACACUAGCAUCAUCCCGUGGGCCUCCCCGUCCGCGGGCCCCCUUCCUGCCUCUCGCUGUAGCGAGCCCUGCCUUCAGAAUGAGGUGAAGAGCGUGCAGCCCGGCGAGGUCUGCUGCUGGCUCUGCAUCCCCUGCCAGCCCUAUGAGUACAGGCUGGAUGAGUUCACCUGUGCCGACUGUGGCCUGGGCUACUGGCCUAAUGCCAGUCUCACUGGAUGCUUUGAGCUGCCCCAGGAGUACAUCCGCUGGGGCGAUGCCUGGGCCGUGGGACCUGUCACCAUCGCCUGCCUGGGUGCCCUGGCCACCCUCUUUGUGUUGGGCGUCUUUGUGCGGCAUAACGCCACGCCCGUGGUCAAGGCCUCGGGUCGGGAGCUCUGCUACAUCCUGCUGGGAGGGGUCUUCCUCUGCUACUGCAUGACCUUCAUCUUCAUCGCCAAGCCUUCCACGGCCGUCUGCACCCUGCGGCGCCUCGGUUUGGGGACUGCCUUCUCUGUCUGCUACUCGGCCCUCCUCACCAAGACCAACCGCAUCGCUCGCAUCUUCGGCGGGGCCCGGGAGGGUGCCCAGCGGCCGCGCUUCAUCAGUCCCGCCUCACAGGUGGCCAUCUGCCUGGCGCUCAUCUCGGGCCAGCUGCUCAUUGUCACUGCCUGGCUGGUGGUGGAGGCACCCGGCAUAGGCAAGGAGACAGCCCCUGAGCGGCGGGAAGUGGUGACGCUGCGCUGUAACCACCGGGACGCCAGCAUGCUCGGCUCGCUGGCUUACAACGUGCUCCUCAUCGCCCUCUGCACGCUCUACGCCUUCAAGACCCGCAAGUGCCCGGAGAACUUCAACGAGGCCAAGUUCAUCGGCUUCACCAUGUACACCACCUGCAUCAUCUGGCUGGCUUUCCUUCCCAUCUUCUACGUCACCUCCAGUGACUACCGGGUGCAGACCACUACGAUGUGCGUGUCCGUCAGCCUCAGCGGCUCCGUGGUGCUUGGCUGCCUCUUUGCACCCAAGCUGCACAUCAUCCUUUUCCAGCCACAGAAGAACGUAGUAAGCCACCGGGCACCAACCAGCCGCUUCGGCAGUGCCGCCCCCAGGGCCAGUGCCAACCUUGGUCAAGGAUCUGGAUCCCAGUUCGUUCCCACGGUUUGCAACGGCCGUGAAGUGGUAGACUCAACAACGUCGUCGCUUUGAAGAUCCCACACUCCUGCCCUGACACAGCUGCUCCUGAACCCAGCAUAAACCCUCUCUCACGGCCAGGAGGAAGUUGGCUGGAGCAUCGCAAUAAUGCCCACCCCACGCCUGCCCCAAAGUCACGUCCCCACUCCUGGAUUCCCCGGCCCUUUUGGUCAGAAGCCUGAGUCCUUAGCUGGGGAGCCUCGGCAGUGACCAGGAACUCUCCUCGUAGCUAUGUCCUAUGUUUGCAGGCCUGGGACUCAGAGCAGGGGAUGAUCGGUAUGUUCUAGAACCGUGUGGCUGAGGAGGACAGGCCCAACCCCCGUGCAAAGGUGCUUCCAGUCCAGCCCCUGCCCCAGGCCUUUUUAAUUUUUUUAUAAGUUACUCUGGGAUAGAGAGGAUGGUUACUGUGGGAUCAUUCCCUCCCCUCCUUACCCAGUGGUUUGUCCCGUGGUUUAUUUUGUA